UGGCAACCGAGUGAGGAAGUGAAGAAUUGACACAAGGGCAGGGCAGCGCCAUCUCCACUCUCCUCUCAAAAUCAAUCAAAAUCAAUCCAAAAAACUCUCCAAAAUCACAGAGAAGGGAACCAAGAAGACAGAAAACAAAAUCAGUCAUGGGAAGUAGAUUGGGGAGGAGGGUAAUUCACUUCGCAAACCUACCCAUCAAGCUCUUAAUGCCCACCAACUUCACCAACAUCAGAGAAAUCGCUCUCAAAACCAUCCCAUCAGCUUCCAAGGUCGAAAUCAAGCGCGUCCUCGAAUCCCUCUACGGCUUCCAGGUCGAAAAGGUCCGUACGCUCAACAUGGAGGGCAAGAAGAAGAAGCGCGGUGGCCUAUUGUUCGCCAGACCCAAUUACAAGAAGGCCUACGUCACGCUCAAGAACCCACUCUCGCUCUCUCAGGACCUCUACCCUAUUGGAGUCGUCGAGCAGGAGAGGAAGCAGACGAGCAAGCAAUCCAAGUCCAGCGUCGUCGAAGAAGGUGAAACUGAGAAGCAUUGGCUUUACGGGAAGGACAAGGAGGAACCUUGGAGGGUUAAGAACGACAAGGGUUCUGCUGUUUUCGGCGACGGUGUGGCCAAAUUUCCCUGGAGCACCAUGAGGUUUCGCUAGGCAGGUUUGAAGACUUUUGGAACUGGGUUUAUGUUUUUUGUUGGGAUUUUGAAAUUUAUGAUAUUUGAAGUUUGGUGAAAACUUGUGGCCAUGUUUGAAGACUUUUCAAUAGGACUGGAGCAUUUAGCUUUCAAUUAGCAGAAUAGUAUAAUAUUUAUGGUUGUUAUCUUUUAUUUUACCAAUAAUUGUGCAAGCUCAUAUGUGAUUAGUACUUGUGAAGUUUGAAAUUGUUGAGGAUAGAAGCAUAUUGGAAACUUGCAUUGAGUAUGUUUCCUAUCUCCUCUAA